UAGCUUUGACGCUGCUACGUCAUCCUGCUGCUGCCUGUCGGGAGAAGCAACAACACAAGCCAAACAUGGAGAAGAAGUUGAUCAACUCGGUGGAUUGCUGUGUUGAUGAGGCUCUGUGCGGCCUGGUCAGGGCCUCUGGGGGCCUCGCUCUGCUGAAGGGCCACAGAGUCAUGCUUCGCUCUGACCUGGACAGUCUGAAGGGCAAAGUGGGCCUGCUGUCUGGAGGAGGUUCAGGACAUGAGCCGGCACACGGGGGUUAUAUUGGUGCUGGCAUGCUGUCUGCAGCCGUGGCAGGAGGAGUGUUUGCCUCUCCGCCUCCUGCCAGCAUCCUGGCUGCCAUUCUCACCUUACACCAAGCAGGAGCUUCUGGGGUUCUUCUCAUAGUGAAGAACUACACCGGGGACCGGCUGAACUUUGGCCUUGCGGCGGAGCAGGCCCGUAACCAGGGGGUGGCCGUUGACAUGGUGAUUGUUGCCGAGGACUGCGCCUUCGACCAGCCCAGUAAAGCGGGCAGGAGAGGCUUGUGUGGCACCGUCUUCAUACACAAGCUGGCGGGGGCGUUGGCAGAAGAAGGCUGUUCGUUGGACCAGAUUGUUUCCAAGAUGAAAGAAGUUUUGAAAGGGAUUGGCACGUUGGGAGUGAGUCUUUCUCCAUGCAGCGUCCCAGGAUGCCGUCCCUCUUUCGACCUGCCGCCAGGAGCCAUGGAGCUGGGACUGGGAAUCCAUGGAGAGCCUGGAAUUAAGAGGUCAAAGGUGGCGUCCGCAGAUGAGGUGGUGAAGACGAUGAUAGAUCACAUGACCAACCCAGACAGCCAAUCACAUCUGCCUUUGAAAUCAGGUGACAGUGUUGUUCUGUGUGUGAACAACCUUGGCGCUUUGUCCUGCCUGGAGAUGGCUGUUGUUACCCGAGCGGCCAUCACCUGCCUCGAGAGCCGUGGGGUGGUGGUUGCCAGGGUGAUGUCAGGGCCGUUCAUGACAUCACUGGAGAUGGCGGGAGUGUCUCUGACCCUGAUGAAAGUCAACCCGGAAACACUGAGGCUAUUUGAUACUAAGACCAGCGCCCCCGCCUGGCCAAACCUCAGCACUGCUGCUGUGAGCGGACGCAACUACAUCACAGAAGCUCCUGUUAUGAUCACACGGACACAGGAUGACAAACACUCCAAAGGGCCUCUGAGUCCUGUUAUGCACAAAGUUUUAAACAAGAUUUGUUCCACCUUGCUGGAAAAGCAGGAGGAACUAAACUCUCUGGACCGGGCUUCCGGGGACGGAGAUUGUGGCAACACUCACACUCAGGCUGCUAGAGCCGUUGAGGAGUGGCUCCAGGAUCAUGUGGUUCCUGGUUGCCCGGGGCAACUGCUUUCCGUCCUCGCUGGAUUGGUGGAGGAGAAAAUGGGCGGAUCCUCAGGAGCGCUGUACAGUCUGUUUCUCACCGCCGCAGCUGGUCAUGUGACCGAGGGGAAGACCAACGGCGCCGCCUGGGCUGCUGCAGUGCAUGCUGGGACACAAGCCAUGAGAAGAUACGGAGGUGCUGACCCUGGAGACAGAACGAUGCUGGAUGCUUUGUGUCCGGCUGCAGAUGAGCUCAUGAGGCUAACUACAGCACCACCUGCUGGACAGAUGGCUGUGCUACAUGCAGCUGUGGAGAAAGCAGCUGCGGGUGCUGAGGCGACACGUGACCUCACAGCGCGGGCCGGGCGGGCCAGCUAUAUCGCCGCCGAGCGGGUCACCCUGCCUGACCCCGGCGCCGUGGCCGUAGCCGCCAUGUUGAGAGCAGUCGUAGAAACGCUGGCGGAGCAGAAGUGAGGCAAAACCCACAAUGUUAGUAGAGAUUUGUCACAAACAUUGAUGAUUUAAUCACAAAAAUCAGUUUUAUUACUGUGAAAUGUUUUGAUUUUUGCUUGUUUAGAGUGGUAGUUAGGCCCUCUAAACUGUAUCCUAAUCAUUCCUAUUUUUGUAAGAAAAUGUGAAAAAAUGGCUAAAUUGUGCCUUACAAUUUAGACAUCAACAUCAUCGUGCAGUGGUAGUUUUACAUAAACAAAAAAUAGUUUUUGCAUUUCUGUUGGGCUAAUUUUCAAAAUAAGUAAGAAAUAAAAACAAAUAUUUUUUUAUAGAAAGCCUUGAAAAUGACCACCUGCUGUUAAAUGUUGCUUUGAACAAAUGCGAAGUACGAAGUGGUGUCACUUCUGAGAAACGUAGUGCUUGCCUCAACCUUUACUGUUUUUGUUUUGUUAAAAUUCAAAUCAGCUAAAAAUUGGGAUGUUCAACUGUUGCUUUGAGUUAUUUUGUUUAAGAUAAAGUGUUUGGAUUUGUUUAUCCUGCACAAACAUCAACAUUCGAGCCUACAUGUUGGUACAAAAUAAAUUUAUGGGACACAAUUGUUUUAA